AUGAAUGCUCAGGGUGGAGAGAAAGUAGCUGGGUAUACCCAGGAAUGCAUCAAUCUGGAGUACAAAUCCAUCGACAACGCUGAGUUGGUAAAAACUGUGGAAAGUCAAUUUGAUACUGGUCGGACGUUGUUGAACAUGUUAGUUUGCCGAAGACGGUGGAAUGGGACAGAGAUUCAACGUUCAUCAAUGAAACCAUCAACGUUCCGAGGAAAAGUAAGAAAGCCAUCGUGAUGUUGUUUACCAACAAAACAAAAACAAGCAGCGAGGAGUAUGUUUACCAGAAUAUUGAUAAGAUUAAAGUUAUCAUUGAAGGAGUUCCCAAUUAUGUUUACAGUCAGGGAAUUCCUAAAGCUAGGUUGUUCAAAGAAGCUGAAAAAGUUUACGUGGACAGAGCGACCGCAGGAAUGCGAGUAAAACAUACAAGUCAGACGUUAACCGACCACAAACGGAAGUAUCUCAUCUAUGUGUUGAAGAACUGCGUUUUUGUGUUCUUUCUUGAGAGUAUUGAAUCCAGCUAG